AACAGGAAAACACAAUACAUCAAGUAUUAAACUAUCGUGAACAUGAAGCGUAACAAAGAUAGAAUAAACGACGAGUAGAUAGAAACUUUGAAAGGCAGAAACAGAUAGAGGAAGCAAAGAGUGGGGGAAUCGAUGGUCACAGAAGAAGGGAGAAAACAGGAGGAAGGAAAUCGGCAGAGAGCGAUCUUCAACUAAAGCAAGGGAGGGGAUAAAAGAGAUAGAGAGAAAUAGCAAAGAAAGAACAAGAGAAAAAGAGAGAAACGGAGAAGGAGAAACUCAUCGAGAGUUAAGCUAUCUGGUAAAAUAAACGGACGAGACUAGGCAGAGGAUCUUCUACCAAAAGACGGCAUGAAGUGGCAAGCGAUUUACGGUGUUCAUGUAACUAGUGACGCGCGUACAAUCCAUUCACGUUUCUUCGAUCGGCUGAGGAUUUAAUACACUUGCCGAUCUGCCAUUCGUAAUCGCGUCGCGCCCCUUCUUUUCGUUCCACUUUGCCUCGUCUCGCCUCGCCUACCGCGCCGCGACAUCGCAUCUUCGUUUUUUCCCCUUUCGCUUUUCUUCUCCAUAUUUUUAAUCGAUCAACUGAAUGGUGAAUUGAUUCGAUUGCUUGUUGCACGUUACCAUCAGCGCUGUUGUCCGCGCACGCACGCACACGCACAUACACACAUACAUGCAACCGUCCUGCACGAGGAUCAUGGACGACGAAAGGAUCAAGCUAUUCAAAGACAAAGCUGUGUAUGGAUAUGGAACAAGUAUUCCGCCCAAUAAUAAUGAAGCGGAUGAGAAUGAAGCCUCGCCGAAAAAAGUGAUCUUUUGUGUGCACGGUAAACUUUCGGGUUGCUGUACGGUUGUGAAGGGCGCCACAUCGAUCGACGAGACUGCAAACACUACGAUCAACAUUUCUGCCGCCACUGCUAUCGAUGGAACUGAUUUUCAACAAACUUCUUCCGCUGUACUGGAAGACCAUUGUCAUAGGGAAAGGAACGAGGAGAUCGAUAAAAAGGCAAGAAAGAAAUUACUGAUUGCUAGUACGCUAUGUGUAAUUUUUAUGAUAGCAGAAAUCGUAGGUGGAAUAUUGUCAAAUAGUUUAGCGAUCGCAACAGAUGCCGCGCAUUUAUUAACUGAUUUCGCCUCGUUUAUGAUAUCCUUGUUCUCGAUAUGGGUAGCGAGCAGACCGGCCACGAGAAAAAUGCCUUUUGGCUGGUAUCGAGCAGAAGUAAUAGGAGCUCUAACAUCGGUUUUAUUGAUAUGGAUAGUUACUGGAAUUCUUUUUUACUUGGCAAUCGAAAGAAUAAUUCAUAAAAACUUUGAACUAAAUACAACCGUCAUGUUGAUCACCUCUGCUGUGGGCGUUGCGGUAAAUCUAGUAAUGGGUUUAUCGUUGCAUCAGCAUGGUCAUAGUCACGGACAUAGUCAUGGACAUAGUCAUAAGUCAAAUCGAAAUAUAGAAAAUGAAAAAAUUAAUAUGGAAGAUCUUUCUCAUGAUAGAAAGAACAUCAAUGUUCGUGCUGCUUUUAUCCAUGUUAUAGGAGAUUUCAUUCAAAGCGUUGGAGUUUUUGUUGCAGCAUUAGUUAUUUAUUUCAAGCCAAGCUGGAUUAUAGUCGAUCCAAUUUGCACUUUUCUCUUUUCAUUAUUGGUAAUAUUAACUACAGUUGCGAUAAUUAAAGACGUGAUGAAUGUCUUAAUGGAAGGAAUUCCAAAAGGAUUUGAAUAUUCCCAAGUAGAGAGUACAUUUAUGCAAAUCGAAGGUGUGGUUAAAGUGCAUAAUCUUCGUAUCUGGGCACUGUCGUUGGAUAAAACUGCACUCUCCGCUCAUCUCGCAAUAAAACCAGGUGCAAGUCCUCACAAUAUAUUACGUACUGCCACUAGAAAUAUUCACGAUAAAUACAAAUUCUUCGAAAUGACACUUCAAAUAGAAGAAUUUGAUGAACGAAUGGAAAAUUGUAAACAAUGCAAGGCAUUAUCGCAAUAAUUGUAAAUCUACAAUUAUAUAUAUUUUCCAAUUAUUUUUCGAGAUUAUAUACAAUCGGAUCGAUAUGUGAUUUGAACUCUGUAAAUAACUUAACAAUUUGUAAAAAAAUAAUACUAUUGUGUUUUUCCAAAACAAAUUUUCAAUUCCAAAAAUAACAUAUUUUUUUCCAAAAGAUUAGAUGAUGUACAGAGAUAAUGUUUUCAGUCUCGCUGAUGAUGAUAUUCCCUCUAAGGUCUGAUAUCCUCUGAUAGCCCUUCUAAUGAUUUUUAAUUAUAAAUCAAUAAACAAUUUAUUUACCUGUCGAAACAGUUA